GAAAUAGAAAGGGGUCAAAUAUCUUGUUGUGAGGUGUCAACAGAACAGAGUGCCCGAGAAUUCCACUUUUUCUUCGGUCUUGGUGUUUCUCCUCUACCUCUCGCUCUCCCUCUUCACAAACCCGAUCAUUCUUCUCUUCUGAUUCAGGUUUGAAUUUAGAAAUGGGGAAAAGAAAGUCAAGAGCAAAGCCACCACCCAAGAAGCGGAUGGACAAGCUUGAUACUGUUUUUAGUUGCCCCUUCUGCAACCAUGGUACAAGUGUUGAAUGUCGCAUUGAUAUGAAGAACUUGAUUGGUGAGGCUGUGUGUGGGAUUUGCCAGGAGAACUUCAGCAUGACCAUCACAGCUUUGACGGAGCCCAUAGACAUAUAUAGUGAAUGGAUUGAUGAAUGUGAAAGGGUCAACAGCCUGGAAGAUGAUGGUGCUUAGCCAGCUUGUGUGACAAGUUAGAUGGUUAUAUUCUCUUACACCGUGGGAGAUAAAUCUCUAAUUUAAGAAAUUAUAUUAACAUGUCGUUUGGAUAAAAUCUCAAGGACCGUUGGGGGUAACUAUGAAAACCUACAUAUGCAUAGGGCAUGUCUAGUACCACAUCAUGCUUGAUAAAUGGACCUUGUGUCUUGUAUCUUUGGUUUGUUAGGAUGAUAAACUUCCUUCAAUGUGCUUUGUGUGUCUGAAACACUCAAUAAACAGUGCUUCUCUUUGGGGAAAUGCUGUACCGUGUAUAAAUUUCACAGUAUGAGUAUGUUCAAGUUUUCAUCUGCUUUUGAUUGA